CCGGCGGCGAGGGAGGGGCGCGGUCCGGGUGUGGGGGCCCGGGCUCCCCGGCUGCGGGGUCCGGCCCCGCGGCCGCCUGCGGCUCGGCGCUGCAUUCUCCGAGUCUCCACCAGAGGCUGCGGGAGGAAGGAAGGGAUCCGUCCCUUGCACACUUCCCCCCUAGUCAGACACGCACACUCCCUCGCUCCCUCGCUCUCUCGCCCAUACACACACGCGCGCACACGCCGCCGCGGCUCCCCCUCUCGCUCUCGCUCCCCCUCAGGCUCCUCCGGGCGGCCGCCGGGCUCCGGACUCGCCCGCCCGCGCCGGGGCUCCCGCCCCACGCAGCGUCCCGAGGCGGCAAGACUGGGGGGAGCCCCGGGCCGCUCCCCGAGGCCCCAGAUGGAUCAGCACGGGCCCUAGUUCUGCAAGCAGGCGCGCACGACCAGCCGGCCCGCACCCGCUCUGCGCAGGGACCAUGGCGCACCGGAACCGUCCGAGCCGCCAAGGGGCCGCCUGGUGAUCCGGCCGCGGAGUGGCGAGGGGGGCGCGGGCGAGGACCCCCGGGGUUGUCCAUGCCCCGGGCGUGGCCGCGCCCCCGCCCCCUCCAGCCGGGCGCCCCCGCCGUGGGACGGUGUGCAAGGCUGCAGACUUGGCCACCAUGUGACGCGGCGCCGCUCUGCCGUGCGACCGAGCGGCGGCGCCCUGGUGCCUCCCGUCCAAGCUCCUGGGCCCGGGCCCGCGCAGGGCAAGCAUGAGGCCGCGGCCCGACGGCAGGAGAGUCCUGGCGGGAGCCGCUCUGUCGCCCGCGCUGCUGCUGCUGCUGUUGCUGCUGCCGCCGCCGCCGCCGCUGCUGGGACGCCCGUGGGCGGCGGGCACGCCCGCGCCGUCGGCGCCCGGGGCUCGGCAGGACGGCGCGCUGGGCGCGGGCCGCGUGAAGCGCGGCUGGGUGUGGAACCAGUUCUUCGUGGUGGAGGAGUACACGGGCACGGAGCCCCUGUACGUGGGCAAGAUCCACUCGGACUCGGAUGAGGGGGACGGAGCCAUCAAGUACACCAUCUCAGGCGAGGGCGCGGGCACCAUCUUCCUGAUCGACGAGCUGACGGGCGACAUCCACGCCAUGGAGCGGCUGGACCGUGAGCAAAAGACCUUCUACACGCUUCGCGCCCAGGCCCGGGAUCGCGCCACCAACCGCCUGCUGGAGCCCGAGUCAGAGUUCAUUAUCAAGGUGCAGGACAUCAACGACAGUGAGCCCCGCUUCCUGCACGGCCCCUACAUUGGCAGUGUGGCUGAGCUCUCACCCACAGGCACGUCGGUGAUGCAGGUGAUGGCUUCAGACGCGGAUGACCCCACGUAUGGCAGCAGUGCCCGACUGGUGUACAGCGUGCUGGACGGCGAGCACCACUUCACUGUGGACCCCAAGACCGGUGUGAUCCGGACGGCGGUGCCUGACCUGGACCGGGAGAGCCAGGAGCGCUACGAGGUGGUGAUCCAGGCCACAGACAUGGCCGGGCAGCUAGGCGGCCUCUCGGGCUCCACGACCGUCACCAUCGUGGUCACCGACGUCAACGACAACCCGCCCCGCUUCCCACAGAAGAUGUACCAGUUCAGCAUCCAGGAGUCGGCGCCCAUCGGCACGGCUGUGGGCCGAGUGAAGGCUGAGGACUCGGACGUGGGCGAGAACACGGACAUGACUUACCUCCUCAAGGAGGAGAGCGGCAGCGGCGGCCAUGUGUUCAAGGUCACCACGGACAGCGACACUCAAGAGGCCGUCAUCGUUGUGCAGAAGCACCUGGACUUCGAGUCUCAGCCCGUGCACACCGUGGUCCUGGAGGCCCUCAACAAGUUCGUGGACCCCCGCUUCGCCGACCUGGGCACGUUCCGCGACCAGGCUAUCGUGCGCGUGGCCGUGACCGACGUGGACGAGCCCCCCGAGUUCCGGCCGCCCUCCGGCCUCCUGGAGGUGCAGGAGGACGCGCAGGUGGGCUCCCUGGUCGGCGUGGUGACGGCGCGGGACCCCGACGCCGCCAACCGGCCCGUCCGGUACGCCAUCGACCGCGAGUCGGACUUGGACCAGAUCUUCAACAUCGAUGCGAACACAGGGGCCAUCGUGACCAGCAAGGGGCUGGACCGGGAGACCGCCGGCUGGCACAACAUCACGGUGCUGGCCAUGGAGGCAGACAACCACGCCCAGCUGUCUCGGGCUUCCCUGAGGAUCCGGAUCCUGGACGUGAACGACAACCCCCCAGAGCUGGCCACACCCUACGAGGCCGCUGUGUGUGAGGAUGCCAAGCCUGGCCAGCUCAUCCAGACCAUCAGCGUGGUGGACAGGGACGAGCCCCAAGGCGGGCACCGCUUCUACUUCCGCCUGGUGCCUGAGGCUCCCAGCAACCCUCACUUCUCUCUGCUCGACAUCCAAGACAACACGGCCUCGGUGCACACACAGCACGUGGGCUUCAACCGGCAGGAGCAGGACGUGUUCUUCCUGCCCAUCCUGGUGGUGGACAGCGGGCCGCCCACCCUGAGCAGCACGGGCACCCUCACCAUCCGCAUCUGCGGCUGCGACAGCUCGGGCGCCAUCCAGUCCUGCAACACCACUGCCUUCGUCAUGGCGGCCUCCCUCAGCCCCGGCGCCCUCAUCGCACUCCUGGUCUGCGUGCUCAUCCUGGUCGUGCUGGUGCUGCUGAUCCUCACCCUCCGGCGCCACCACAAGAGCCACCUGAGCUCGGAUGAGGACGAGGACAUGCGGGACAACGUCAUCAAAUACAACGACGAGGGCGGCGGCGAGCAGGACACGGAGGCCUACGACAUGUCGGCGCUGCGCAGCCUCUACGACUUCGGCGAGCUCAAGGGCGGCGACGGCGGCGGGGCGGGCGCGGGCGGCGGGGCGGGCAGCCCCGCGCAGGCCCGGCUGCCCUCGGAGCGCCUCCCGCUGCCGCAGGAGCCGCCGAGCCCCGAGCCGGACUUCUCGGUGUUCAGGGACUUCAUCAGCCGCAAGGUGGCGCUGGCGGACGGGGACCUGUCGGUGCCGCCCUACGACGCCUUCCAGACCUACGCCUUCGAGGGCGCGGACUCGCCGGCCGCCUCGCUCAGCUCGCUGCACAGCGGCUCGUCCGCCUCCGAGCAGGACUUCGCCUAUCUCAACAGCUGGGGCCCUCGCUUCCGGCCCCUGGCCGCGCUCUACGCCGGCCACCGCGUGGACGACGAGGCCCCGGCCUCCUAGCCCCGCACCCUCCCGGGGCCGGCCUUGGCCCGGGGACACCGCAUCCCCCCUCUCCCACCCCUCAUUCCUACUCCCACCCAGGGCAGCCGGGCGGGAGGGGGCACUGGCCAGGGGCAGACCCCCCAGACCCGCCCGCCUCCUCCGGGGGGUGCAGCUCUGGGGACCCGAGGUGCGGAACUGUGACCAACGUCAUUAAAGCUGAGACGACACCCGGCACCGCGUGGCUCUGGGGUCUGCAGGGCGGGGGGCGUCGUAGCAUUGGAAGGGGGCAGGCUGCUGCAGCCAGAACGCCCCCAGCCCCAUUAGAGCUAAGAGGAUAAAAAGGCUGUGCAUUUA